AUGGGGGUGACAGGUAUGAGUGCAUUUCCCUGCUGUGGCAAGGAUUCAGUGGACAUUGUGGAAAGAAAGAAUGAACACCAUCAGCACCACAUCCACAAAGAUGAAGAUGAGGAUGAGGAAGAAACAGAGCUGGAAACAGAGUUAUCGAGGAUGGAGCCCCCACCCAACGAGAACCCAGACCCAGGCCCAGUACCACAGCUAGAGGAGGUGGAGCCAGAGUUAUCUUCUGAAGCCAUACCUGAGACUGAAGGGGACAGCCACCCUGAAAGCCACACUGAAAGUCCGGAGCAGCAGAACUACAGGAUUGAAUCCCUCAAGCCCUAUGAAGAAGAGCCAACAGGAGGGUGCGGCCCAUUCCGCUCCGUCCCUGUGCAGACCUCCAAGCACCUUUUCUGGUCAAACAAGCUCAUUCAGGCGUCAGAGCACAGCCUACAGAAGGCCUUAGAGAAACAGCACAAGAGCCCCCGGGAAAAGAGGUCUAUCUCCAUAUCCCAGGUUUACACAGAAUGUACCCAACGGCCGUCCAGCCCCCCAGUGUCUUGCAACACCACGCCCGCAGCCAUCGGCUUGGCAGAUCUGAUCAACUUCGCGUCAUCCCUGGCUGUAGCCUCCUCCAGUAACAUGGCCUUGCCUAACUUGGAGAACAUGAUCAAAGGAACAUCUGAGAAGUCCCAGAAUACCUCUUUAGACUUUUGCCAGCCUCUCCAGUCCAUUAAGUUUGCCCAGGCUACCCAGAUCACCCAGAUAUCCUCAGAGAAACAAGAUGAGUCGCCUGAAAAUUGGACUCAGGAAACCAGGAACGUAGCUUGCUCCUACCUGGAUAUUAAACAGGCAGGGCUCAAGACAGCGACCAUCCAAGGGGAGGUGAAACUUGUCCAAACAGCAGCCACACCCCCUAAGGUUCAGGAAGCCAAAGAGGACUCGGUGCCGGGAACCAAGAAAGGGAAUCCAUUAUUGCUGAAAAUCCAUUUUAAGCUGUCGUCCCCUCAGCCCCAGAGAAAUGACUAG